AUGUCAUCCGCAAGCUACAUCCCACUGACGCGAAUCCCCCACUCAGAGUUCCUCUGGUCUCCGAAAGCUACCCCGCGAUACUCUUUGGCAUCUUACCUUGCGCGCCGUCGCGCCGUGUUCGCCCUCAUAGUCGCCACGUCGUUUGUUACCCUCGUGCUUUUUCUCAAUAUCGCCGGCUCGCAUGAAGAAGAUGACUACAACUACAACGACGUUGGAGGUCCCGUCAACACUUCCUACCGACCGGGCUAUCAACCGGGCUAUAUCGCGUUCCGCGUCCCAGAUUCCCUCCCAUCUUCCUCUCAUCCAGUGCUCCACCCCGUUCGUGAUCUUCCAAGUCACUGCCUCGAUCAGUAUUACUCGUCGGGAGGCGUCUGCCACGAUGGCCUGGGCCCACUACCGUUAGAUGUGAUUUGGACCUGGGUUAACGGUUCAGACCCUCUCUUCAUGGAUGCGCGAGAGAACGCUGCCGAAUCCUUCGGAAACACCGACCCUUACAGGCCGACUCAAUCUAGUAACUCAUCCCGCAUGUUCCGCGAUUACGACGAGCUUCGACAUUCGCUCCGCUCUGUGCUCGCCAAUUUCCGCCCUCAUGCUCGACAUUUCCGUAUCCUAACUUCUGACUUCGACUAUCCCGCCGACGAGUCGGGGACCUUCAUUCAGUACUAUCCUGAUUCAGGUCUAGGAAACUGGAGGAUAGGGUUGCAUCCCCAGUGGCUCGACACUGCUGACCGAAUUACUCCCGAGUGGCGAGACGGGAAUAUUCAGCUUUCCCUUACUCACCAUGCUCAUUUCUUCGAGCCAUACAAUCGCACGAUAUUCAAUAGCUACGCCAUUGAGUCGCAAUUCAGCCAUCUGCAGAACAUCUCGGAAGUUUUCCUUUACAUGAAUGACGACUUCUACAUGUCAAGUCCUCUCACCCCUGUCACGUUCUACACGCAGCAGUAUGGCCUGGUUUUACGCCUCCAGGGUGACAUGACGGUGUCUCCAGAUUGGCCAAGCACCAAGCGCAAAAGCGAAUGGCGUAGCAUGGGCGUUUCCAACUGGUUGCUCAGUAAACGUUUCGGCCGUAGACGUCGCCCUUAUGUCCAGCACCAAGCCAAGUCCGUCUCAUUCGCCAUUCUUCAAGAGCUUGCGUUGGUAUGGCCAGAAGCGAUCGCGAAGACCGCUACGCAUGCCUUCCGUGAAACGGAGGCGGGCGACGGUGAUUACUACCAGAUGUUCAUGUUUGCCCAUUAUCUCGUGGAACGGUCUCGCGAGGCCUUGCUCUGGACAUGGGUCGUCGGUCGUGUGGGCGGGAUAGACGAUAGCUGGGGGGAGCGCGAAGCAGAGCAGGCAUGGAUCGAGAUUGGUGGAUCCUCGGUUGGCGACGAAAGCAAGGAGGUACAGGUCGAGUCGGGGAUACGACACACGCUGGCCAUCGGUCGUGUUCGAGACUACCUAAGAGAAGGUGGGCUUAUCGCCGAUGAUUCUAAGACUGAGUACCUUUUCUCCUCAUUAGACGGGUACGCGUAUAAUGAGUACGGUCGGCGAGGUGUCGAUGGCUGGCCUGGCUUCGACCCAGAAAAAUAUGACGAGGAAGAUCGCAAGGGAACCGAGCGCAAGUGCACCAUCCGGCGCAACGAAUGUUUUGGUGGCCGCAGCCCCGGGAAGCCUCUCACUGCUAGUGCUGUGUUCCAAAAUAUCGCUUUCGAUAAACCGCACUGUGGCGACUGUGUCAUUAUUGCGCUAGUCAAUGCGAGUGGUCGGCUCGGGCUCUCCGCGGUGCUACCGCCUCCCGACCGGCGUUCACCUCCAUCCAACACAGAACUACCUACGGAUGAAUCCUUGACAAUACCUCAUCUACCCCUCGUGGAUGACUGGCACGAUGGUCAAUUUGCGCUCCGCGAUGUGAUGAAGUACGCGCCUGACACCAGCGUCCGGCAGUGGUCCGAGCGAGUUAUGCAGCGUUACCGAUACGUCAUUGGUGGAACGCCGUCCGCUUUUGAGCAAUUACUCACCCUGGAGCAGGUCGAGGCUAUGCUUGCAUAUCUGGAUCGACGACAGGAUAUCGCGCUACUGUGCAUUAACGACGACGUCACGCAAGAUGGUCCGCAAAUUGCUAAGCAUUUUCGAGACUGGCAAUCCCGUCGAUGGAAUCGCGCCGCUGCUUGGGAGGCAGACGCUGGUCCCUGGUGAAGGGCGUCAGACUAACGACGCCUCAGCAUAUUCCUUGUGCUCUCGUCGUGCUGUGUAACUGCUCCCCAUUGUAUCAUUAUUGCGUCUCAUUCCCUUUACUCUGACCUCAC